AUGCCAAGACGAUCCAGAGAUGAGAAUGCACCUAGAACAGAAGGAGAGCUUCGUUCCGCUGCACCGAACGAUCCAGAAGCAUGGCCAUUGCUCGUCGCAUUCGACCUCGAUUACACAUUAUGGGAUCUCUGGAUAGAUACUCAUAUAUCUCCACCACUCCGACGAAAAGGCGAUGUUCUGAAUCAACUGAUUGAUCGUCGAGGUCAAACUCUCGAGUUUUACCCCGAAGUCCCUAGUCUCCUCGCUGAGUUGAAGGAAAGACGGAUACAUGUCGCCGCUGCAUCUCGAACCUCAGCUGUGGACUUAGCGAAGGAAGCGCUCGGAAUGCUACUGUUACCUGGUCCAUCUGGAGAACACGUUCGAGCCAUAACUUAUUUCAACUCUUCAGGUUCAAAGUUGAGACACUUCAAAGAAAUCCAUCCUGACAUGUGGCUUUUCUUCGAUGACGAGCAUCGAAAUUACGAGGUCGAGCAAUUAGGGGUGACCAUGCAGCUGGUGCCAUCCAGGGGCACAGACCGACGGUUGUUUGAGCAAGGGUUGGCUUUAUGGCGAAGACGGAGGGGAAUACGAGUCUCGAUAGAUUCAUGA